AUGGCGGACUCACAUAACGGACAUUUUCUUCACUCGACCACCCCGACCUCCUCGACCCAGCCACAACAUGCUCCCAUGGGUCACGAGACUGUACCGGUCCAUGCAGGCCACAGCGAUCCGGACAGUUCUUACGUUCCCCGCCCGAAGCGCAUUGCGUGUGUUGUCUGCCGGCGGAGAAAACUGAGAUGCGACGGGAGGAAACCGAGCUGUGGUACUUGCUCCAGGUUAGGCCACGAAUGUGCGUAUGAUGAAGUGCGCAAGAAAAGUGGCCCAAAGCGGGGUUAUGUGAAGCAGCUGGAAGCACGGUUAGCCCAAGUCGAAACCUUACUGAAGACGCAGGAUGGAACCCCCGUCCACAGUCAAGGGAAUGGCUUCAACGUCGCAGCAUCGAAUCCGAAUGAGUUCGUCGCCAUACCGGAAGUGGCCCCAUUCGCGAACAGCAUGGAUGCGCCUAUGUCGUCUCCCGACGAAGAUAUCAACAACGUUCAGUCCAAUCAGACAUUUUUGACGCCGGGAUUGGAUCGCACGGGAAAUUUCGGCUGGGACAUGAUUAGUUUGGGGCUGGAGGAACCUCUUCCUAGCCGGGAGGUUGUUGACGAAUUAAACCAGGUUUAUUUUGAGAAAAUUCAUCCUUACAUGCCCAUUUUGCACCGGCCCAGACAUCUGGCAGCUAUGGAUCUUGCUCCAAGCGUGCGACCCCCCGUAUGUUUACAAUACAUCACUUGGUGCCAAGCUGCGUCUGUCAGCGAGAAAUUUUCGAAUUUGCAUGCACUCUUCUAUCAGAGAGCCCGCAAAUACGCGGAAUUGGAUGAAACGAAGGGACUUGGGGAGGGCAUCUUGUCUUUGCCAUACUGUCAGACAUGGUUGCUCAUCGGCACAUAUGAAUUCAGAAUGAUGUUCUUCCCUCGAGCAUGGCUCAGUGUCGGAAAAGCGGCAAGGUUGGCACUCAUGCUGGGCCUGAAUCGGCUGGAUGGCCCGGGCCUUGAGGUGAAACAGUCGUUGCCGCCAGCAAGAGAUUGGACCGAGAAAGAAGAGCGACGAAGGGUCUUCUGGAUGGCAUUCUGUGUCGAUCGAUUUGCAAGCGUGGGGACAGGGUGGCCCGUCUUAAUUGAUGAGAGAGAUCUCAAGACAAACCUACCCGCUACUGAAGAAGCAUUUAUCAAGAGCAAACCACACAGAACAUUACGCGUCGAGGACAUCUUGGCGGGCGACGGACUGUCCACGUUAUCGUCGUUCGGGAGUGUUUCUUUCAUGGCGUACAUGUUUGGACGAAACCUCUCGCAUCUACAUCGUCCUGACCCGCAAGACAACGACCAUGACCUGAAUGGGCUAUACUGGCAACGGCACAGAUCGCAUGAUAACGUUCUACUACAUUUUGCUCUAACGAUGCCCAAUCAUCUCCGGCUACCGGCUGGGAUGUCUGAUCCCAACGUCAUCUUCUGCAAUAUGGCGAUUCAUACGUCCACGAUAUGCCUUCAUCAAGCUGCUAUCUUCAAGGCUGAGAAAAACAAGAUGCCUGAGCAGAUCAUCAUCGAAAGCAAACGAAGGUGUAUUGUCGCUGCCGAUCAAAUAUCCAACAUUAUGAAGAUGAUCAGUCACAUGGAUCUAACUAGUAUGAACCCGUUCAUGUCAUACUCCGUGUAUGUCGCCGCUCGCGUCUUCGUCCAGUACCUCAAAUCCCGCCCCGAUGACUCGGCUGCCCGUUCCUCUCUCAGAUUUGUCUUUUCUGCUCUUGAUGCCAUGAAGAGCAAGAACCCCUUGACCGAGUCUUUUCUGGUUCAGUUGGAUGUUGAUAUUGAAGGCACUCCAUUCCGAGACAUUCGGCAAGCCAAAAAGCCCCGUAUGACGAAUGAUGUGCAGCAAGACAGGAGUCUCGGUGAGGAAGAUAUUAGAAGCUGUACUCCACUUUUGGCAAUAGCUCAACAGCAAAAGCAACAACCUGCAAAUGAAGGAGGAUCGGCCAGGCUAUCGACUGGCACCCAAAAACAAACCUACUACACGCCGACAUCUCUAUCCAAGCGAGAGAAACAGACUCCGCCGCAACGGACUAACAUGAACAAUCCUUGUACAGAUCCUUUUGCCAAAUCUCCUUUCAAUUUCACCUCAGGAACCGACUCUGGACCAACAACUGACAUGGAACAUUCCCCCGAAUUCACCGACAAGAGCUCCAACAAUAGCCCGUUGUCAAAUGACGCAUCAAUCUUAAACCAAGCCUCCGCACACGACCCAUCUUCUUCCACCUACCUAUCUUUGAAUCAGUCCUCGUCUCCAAAACAACCGCAACAGCCACCAUCAACGUCAGGUUCCAAUCAUACUAAUCAUCUACAAGCACAUACCGCCCUCGAAAACAAUGGCCCCGUAAAUAUGACCUUGGGAAAUGCUCCAAUCGGCGCGUUCGAUAUCGCCUUUUCCUCUCAGUUGUUUCAGACGGGCAUCAUGACUCCCCUCGAAUCCACCGGCUCUGAAGGAUCUCUUCCAAUCCCUACAACGUGGGACUUUGGUCCGCCUCAGAAUUCAAACAAUGAGAAUGUCGACAUGACUACGACCGGGAUGGAUACCUUCAAUGAGGCACAGUGGGCACAAUUAUUAGGUUCAGGGACAGGUUGGGACUCAUGGCGAAAUCAAGUAUAG